AUGGCUUGCGUACACUUCGCGGCGUGUGCGGCUAUACUCUGCAUCAGCGCUCAGAGCUUCAUUAUUGAUCCGUCGGCAUCAUCAUCAACAGUACAUGUUUCCCGCUGCCAGGCUGCCCGUUUAUCAUGCAGGGAGACUGAGCUACGAUCAAAACCAAGAGAAGACGCUCUAUCACUACCCAUCUCCAUCGCAGUAUUACGCGAUGUGCAAUUGGAGAGGGCGGUGGAGGUAGUUCGUGCUCUGUACGAGGAAGGGUUCAAUAUGAUCUCGGUCACCGCAGACACGAAGAAUUUCAGCAAGAUACUCCGGUCCAUCCCCAGAAGUUUCUUUCCGGACUUGCUUCUUGGUGCAUCAUCCGUCACGACUCUGGACGAGGUGGACGUGGCCUUUGCUUGCGCGGUAAAUUUUGUAAGCAGCACUUCCUGCGAUCCUGCAAUUGUGAAGCGAACGAGGGAUCUGGGCAUGGUAAGCAUACCAGGAGUAUCGACUCCUGCCCAGGCAGCAUCGGCAGUCCAAGCCGGGGGGGGUAUACUGAAAGUUUAUCCAGCUACCAACGUCUCGCCAAAUCAGUGUCGAGAUAUUGUAAAUGCGAUCAAGACGUCCAACAUCCCGGUGGUGAUCAGCGGAGGCGUUGAACCUGACCAAUUACAAGCGUACGUCAAGUCCGGCGCAUCCGGAUUUGCUGUCGGUCGAACGCUGUUUGAGCCUGAGAAAAGCUCAGCCGAAAUUGCAGACAGAGCCCGAUGCUUUUUGCUUUCGUGGCCUCAAAAGAGACGACGGCAUCGCAACGUAGUCGAAUCGGAGGAUGCUGGAGCUUCCUAG